AUGAUUACUCUUAUUCAACUGGCACAGCAUCCGUUGAUAGUCAACUGCAUUCGAUAAAAUGUAUUAGGAAGUGAGUCAGGAGCGGCUGAUUCUGUGCAGGCACCUUUUGAUGAAUUUGAAAAUUUUAACCUCACCGUAGUCCAUCAGUUUAUGCUGAAACAAACUCCAUGUAGGCAGCCAUGUUGGAAAAUCAUGACUUUCAGUCUAUUUAUCUAUUGGCUCCCGGCAGAUCGCGGUUUUACUACACAAGGGAUGAAGCACGUGGAGUGUGAUAGAAAUAAAGUUGUUAGUAAAUUAUAUUAGUUUCCAGUCGGUAUUACGCACAUAACAAUCUACAAUGGUCAAAGUAAAGAAUAAAAAGAAGAAUUUAGCUGAAUCUACUGCGAGCAAAAGAGAUCAACAAAAGAAGAUUUUAAAUCCAUUUGAGGUACAUAUAAAUAAAGAAAAGCAAAAAGUGCUUGGACGAAAAAACAAGGCAGACCAUGGUUUACCAGGUACUUCACGAGCAAAAGCAAUAAAUAAACGUAAGCGAACAUUAUUACAUGAGUACAAAGUUAAAGACAAGGACAAUGCAUUCCUUGACAGACGUAUUGGCGAGAAAAAUGCAGCACUGUCGCAAGAGGAUAAAAUAAUGGCCAGAUUUGCGGCAGAACGAAUGAAAGCUCAUAAAAAGCAAGAUAUUUUUAAUUUAAAUGAUGAUGAAGUAUUGACACAUAGAGGUCAAACCUUGGCUGAAAUUGAGAAAUUUGAUGAUCCAAAAAGCGAUGAUGAUGAGUUCAGCGAUGACGAAAAUAAAACUGGGAAACUGGAUAAAAAGUUUGUUAGCGAAGCUCACUUUGGUGGUGGAGUGUUGUCUAAGCCAGAUAGUCAAAUGUCCAGAAGAGAUCUAAUAGAUCAACUGAUUGCCGAAUCAAAGAAACGUAAAGCUGAGAAGCAAAAAAUUCGUGAACAAACCAUAGAUCUGACAGAAAAACUUGAUUCAGAAUGGAAAGAUCUUUUGCCUCUAGUAGCAGCUUCAAAGAAAACUGCUCAGGAUUCAGAGGAAAAGUCGAAAGCUGAUGAUUAUGAUAUUGCCAUGAGAGAGUUGAAAUUUGAGGCCAGAGGUAAUCCAACUGACAGAUUAAAAUCAGAGGAAGAAAUUGCGAAAGAAGAAAAAGAAAAAUUAGAAGCGUUGGAAGCUAACAGAUUAGCAAGAAUGAAAGGAUUUACUGAUGACUCAGAUGGGCAACCAAAACACAAAUCAGCCGACGAUUUAGAUGAUGGUUUUUACAUGGAAAGUAUUGAAGAGGAACCAUUAGCUUAUGGAGAAGAUGGUAUGCUAAAAGUUGAAAAGAAAAAAUCAAACGAAUCUGAAGACCAUGACGGUUCAGAAGAUAACAAAAGUUCUGAUGAAGAUAGCGGCGUAGAUGAUGAAGGUAACGCCUUAAAACAACAGAACAAACAUAUUGGUGAACAUUUAUCUAAAAAUGAAAGCACAAAGAUUGAACUUGAAGAUGAGGAAAAAGAAGAACAAGAACAGAGAAUACAGAAGUUGGAAAAUAGAAGUAAUGAAGAUGUUGAAAAAAUGGCAAAAUUAAUGGGAUGGGAUGUUAUUAGUAUCACAUCAAAGUUACAAGAAAACGAUCCUUAUGACAAUAUUCCUGUAUUAAAAAUAUCAGAUGAUAAUGAUAAUAAUAAUGACAAGGUGAAAGUUCAGUCUGACAGUACACCCAGCAGAACAAUAAAAUUAAAAGAAAAGAAUCUAUCAAAAAUAAUAGAAGAAGAAGAAAACGAUUCUCUAAAUGAAACUGGUUCGGAAAAAGAAUCAUCGGAAGAGGAAGAUAAUUUAUCCGACUUGAAAGAGUCUGAAUCAUCAAGUGAAGAUGACUCCAGCAAUAAAAAGAAUGUUAGAUUUUCCAAUAGUGUAUCGGAAAAGAAAUCAGUUUCGGACAACGUAGAUUCAACUCAAAAACCAAAAUCAAUUCUCAAAGUGAAGAAUAAUGAAGAUUCUGGAUCUUGUAAAUUAACUGACGAAACAAGAAAAUUAGAAAUUAAAGCAGAUCUUAUGAAAAGAAAAGAAAUAAUGGAGAAAGCACGUCAAGAAUUGCCAUAUACAUACAAAGCACCAGACACCUUUGAAGAACUACAAGAAUUACUGGAAGAUCGGCUACCAGAUUAUCAAUCAGUAAUCGUGGAAAGAAUCAUUAAAUGUAAUCAUCCUUCAUUAGGUGAAGGCAAUAAUGAAAAGUUGGCUAAUUUAUUUGCAUAUUUGCUGCAGCACUUAAAUGAUUGUGCUUUAGGAGAGACUAUCGAAGAUUUAGUCAAAUGUUUCCAAAUUUUUGACAGAUUAUGUCCUCACCUUUAUGAUCUUGCACACAUGAAUCCUCUAAACACGAAAAUUUGUAUUCAAGAAGUAAUAAAAGAGAAGCAUGAAGAAUUUGAGCGAAAUAAGAAGAGGUAUCCUGGUUUGGAUACGCUAAUCUUUUUGAAAUUGGUAUCACUACUGUUUCCCACAUCUGACUUUAGACAUCCUGUUGUUACACCGUGUUUAGUAUUUAUGUCUCAAAUUUUAACGAGAUGCCGUGUUAAAAGCAGGAGUGCAAUUUCCAAAGGGUUGUUUAUUUCAACCCUUGUUUUAGAGUAUACUCUAUUGAGCAAACGCUUUGCUCCAUCAGUCAUUAAUUUCUUACGUGGAGUAAUAUGCAUGGCUACAGCGAAACCACCUGUUCAAAUUAUUAAAACAAUCCCACCUUUCAAAUCGACUGGUGAAUUCAUUAACUUAUUGAUCCCAGAGAAAGAACAAACGAGUUUGAAUAUAAAUCCAAAGGAGACUCGUUUGAAUAUAAAUGAUUUAUUACAAGAUGAAUUAAAUGAUGAAUUCAGAGUAAAAGCUUUGUUAGUCGCUGUGAAUUUGCUCUCUGAAUUUAGGAACCAACUAGAAGAAUUAGAAGCAGUCUAUUCGAUAUUUGAACCAAUUGUAAAAUUAUUGAAGAUGAACACCUGGAAGAGAUAUCCAACGAAUAUAAAAGAACAUAUACAAAAGAUUCAUAAAGAUUUGGAAGAAUUAAAAAAUAAAAGACUGGAAUACAUGGUUCUUGCGAAAAAGAAACCGAAAGCAUUAAGAUUGUAUGAACCUCGAAUAGAAAAAGUGUAUGAUGGCAAGAGGCACAAACCGAUGUCUAAGGAAAAGGCUGAAAGAGAAAAAUUAUUGCACAAAUAUAAGAGGGAAAUGAAAGGUGCUAUUCGAGAAGUCCGAAAAGACAGGGCAUUCUUGGCUAAAGUACAAAUUAAGCAACAGAUUAAAAGUGAUGCCGAACGUAAACGGAAAGUCCUGGAAAUCUUUGGUGAAGCAUCAGUCCAGCAGGGAGAACUUAAUAAGAUAAAACGAAAAAAAGCUAAAUAAUUUUAAUCAUUUGACAAUUAUUACAUUACUUUGAAUAAUUGUUUAUUAUUGUUCGAGCAUGUUACAUGUCUUUUACAUGAAAUGCGUUGUGUCAUGUGAAAUGCAGCUUUGUAAUUAUUGUAGAAUAAAAUGUAAUUUUUGUAAUCA